AUGGACGCCGCAGGAUCUGAUUCAUGUCCUCGCGGUCGCCAGUACGUCUUGGAUCCGCGCCGAUGGCUCGUUCUUCGUGGUGGCGGAUCUUUCUCGGUUUGCAACCUGAACCAGUGCUAUUGCAACAUGACGUUUUCCUCACUGCAGCAGGACACCAUGCAAGCGUAUUUCGGUACAGCUAUGGAUAAGGCCACCACCGACAUGCUCAUGAAUUGGGGGCCCGUGUUCGGAACGCUCUGUUUUCCAGCAGCAGUGCACGUCAGUUCUCGCCCUGGGGGUCUGCGGAAAGCUAUUUGGAGUGGCAUCCUUUUGACGUUCUUUGGGGCUGCUGUAAGGCUUUUCCCCAUUUUGAUGCGAGAGCUUUCCGGAAACAAAGGGGCCGCACAGUGCACUUGGGCUUUCGCCUGUUAUCACGUCGGUCAGAUUUUAGUAGCAGCCGCGGGUCCAUUCAACAUGGGCGCAGUCACUCUCCUGUCCGUCGUUUGGUUUGCGGAGUCAGAACGUACCACUGCGACGGCUAUUGCGCAAGUGUCGAAUGGAAUGGGGGGCACACUCGUAUACUUGAAUCCGCUUUGGCUGGUGACAUCCAGGGCGUCUAUUCCAAAUAUGUUCUACUUCAGCCUCGGCCUUGCAAUCAUCCCACUCUUGAGCGCACUGCUUUUUCUUCCCUCGCGGCCUCAACACUUCCCUUCCGCUGCCGCGAUGGCCACGGCGAUCGCCCCGAGGGCAGAGGCUCAGCGAGAGCGAGAGGGGGGUCAAUGCCACCGACUGUUCGCAAACCGCUCGUUCAUCGUGCUCAUCAUGGCUGCGGGUUUCUUCGAAGGAAUCACAAUCGGCUGGACCAGCCUCCUGCAGACCAUGCUCGGGCCUCUGGGCAUCCAUGAAACCGUCGUUGGCUGGAUGGGCUUCGCCAACGGACUGGCUUCCAACGUUGCGGGCAUAGCGGCUGCCAGCGCGAUCGACACGUGCUUUCGUCGCCGGCUGAAGGCGGGCAUCGUGAUCGGUGCAUUUGGAAAUUUGACAUGCGUAGCUCUGUUCAUGGUCUCGCUCCCGUGCUGCGGCGUCAGGGCGCCAAGGUCCAUCGUGCCACACGCAGACUGGACCUUGGCAGCUGCACUGACUUUCGCUGGCGUGUUCCAGGGUAUUUUUGAGCCUCUGUGCUACGAGCUUGCGGCAGAGCUCCUGUACCCCACUAAGGAGAGUACCUCGGCAGGACUUCUCGUACUUGUCCUAAAUAUUUUUGCGGGCUGCAUGAUGAGUGCGAACACCGUCCUCGAUGCCACAAACAUGAACUAUAUCAUGACACUGUCAGUCCUGAUUGUCUUCCUUGCCAUUUUGUUCGGCGUUCAAGAAGAGUUCAGGCGCCCUCAGAAUUUUGCUUCUGACGCUGCAGAUGGCGUGCAGCCCCACUCAGCUGCAGAACCUACGGCAUGGCUUUGCCCACGGGCAUAA